AGCCGCGACAGCGCUUCCGGGGCAGCGGAGGUCGGGGCCCUGGCAAGAUGGCGGCCCCCUUGGAGCUCAGCUGCUGGGGAGGAGGCUGGGGUCUCCCUUCGGUCCACAGCGAAUCCCUGGUGGUGAUGGCUUAUGCCAAGUUUUCUGGGGCGCCCCUGAAAGUUAACAUCAUAGACAGCACCUGGAGAGGCCCGCGAGGCGACGUACCCAUUUUGACAGCUGAAGACAGCAUCGUUUGUCAGCCUGCAAAGAUACUAAACUUUUUACGAAAACAGAAGUACAACGCAGACUUUGACUUGACCGCAAAGCAAGGUGCAGACACCCUGGCAUAUGUCGCGCUCCUGGAGGAGAGGCUGCUGCCUGCCGUGCUUCACACAUUCUGGGUUGAGAGUGACAACUACUUCACUGUGACGAAGCCCUGGUUCGCUUCCCGGAUUCCUUUCCCGUUGAGUCUGAUCCUGCCCAGAAGAAUGUCCAAGGGGGCGCUGGACAGGAUUCUGCUGACGAAGGGCGCGCCCCCGCUCUACCAGCUGCAGGAGGUGGAGGCCCAGAUCUACAGAGACGCCAAGGAGUGUCUCAAUCUCCUGUCACACAGACUGGGGACGUCUCAGUUUUUCUUUGGAGACACGCCUUGCUCCUUGGAUGCCUACGUGUUUGGCUUCCUCGCCCCGCUGUAUAAAGUGCGGUUUCCGCAAGUCCAGCUGCAGGAGCACCUGAAGCAGCUCUCCAACCUGUGCCGCUUCUGUGACGACAUCCUGCACAGCUACUUCAGUCUCACGCCUGCAGGCAUCUCCCCCGCGGGGCCCGAGUCGGUGGACGCCAAUCUGCGGAAGCUCACGCAGCUGGUCAAUAAGGAGUGCAGCCUGAUCGAGAAGAUGGAUGACAACCUCCGCCAGAGUCCGCAGCCGCCUGCUCGGAAGCUGCCCACGCUGAGGCUGACUCCGGCCGAGGAAGACAGCAACUCCUUCCAGCGACUGUCGCCCUGAUGGCUGUCGUGCGCUGGGACCAAGCACAGGGUGGCUGUGGCCAUCUGCACGAAAUGCGUCCAGGCAAGAAGACACACUCAUGGGUGUGAGGAAGACUCUUCCCAGAAGGAGCCUUUGGCAGCUUUUGCGUUAGGAAGCCUGUAACCCUGCUUGGCAGUGCAUUUGACAUCAACGUGGGGGCUGCCCAGUGGACUCGGCGUGGGGGCAGGAACACAGGACACCGUAUGCCAGGUCCCGUCCUCACCUUGGCAGGCUCUUGCCUGUGGACCACAUGUUGCUGACCAAAAGCUGCGAUUCCGUUCUAAAUGUGUACCCCUAAUUUAUUCACGCUAAUUUAUUCAGUUUAGUAACCUGAUUUUCUCAGACAUGUCUGAAUACUAGUAUGUGGCUGUUGGGCUGAAGCUUUUCUUCUUUCUUCAGUUUAGAAAUCUGAUGCCUGUUAGAAACAGGAAAAAUGCCAGUUACUUCAAUAGAAAAGUCUGUAUUUCAUUUGAAACACUAGGAGGAAUGUGCUAAUUAUGCUCUGCUAAGUCCGAGCCUUGAGGCCUCAGGAUGUGUCUCCGUGUUGUAGGUGGCUGUGGACAGCAUGCCUCUAGCUGAUGGGGAUGCAGGCCCCUGGCCGCCUGGGUGCCCGGGGCAGCGGCAGGCCUGCUCAUUCG